AUGGCGAAGGAAGAUGAGUCAUGUGGGAACAGGGUGGUGCUGACAGCGUUCCAACAGGAGAAGGAAGUGAAGCUGAAAAGCUCUCCGGCUGAUCUGGUGACAGAAACGGACCAACGGGUUGAGAUGAUCCUCUUGUCUGCCAUCAGGAGCCAGUAUCCUCAGCACAGGUUCAUCGGGGAGGAGUCUGUGGCUGCCGGCGAGCGUGUAGAGCUGACCGAUCGCCCCACCUGGAUCAUUGACCCCAUUGAUGGGACCGUGAACUUUGUCCACAGGUUCCCAUUUGUUGCCAUCUCCAUCGCCUUCACGGUCAACAAGCAGACGGAGUUCGGGAUCGUGUACAGCUGUGUCGAUGACAAACUGUUCCACGCUCAAAGAGGAAGAGGAGCGUUCCUGAACGGAGAGCCGCUGCACGUCUCUGGACAGGAAGAUAUCAGCCAGUGUGUGGUGGUGACAGAGAUUGGGGCAGAGCGUGACGACCUUGCGUUGUGCACCGUGACCUCCAACAUCUUCAGACUGCUGAAGCUUCCUGUGCACGGAGUGCGUGCACUGGGCACAGCAGCGGUUGACAUGUGUCAGGUGGCGACGGGCGGUGCCGACGCCUACUAUCACAUCGGGAUGCACUGCUGGGACAUCGCCGCCUCCGCCAUCAUUGUCCGGGAAGCUGGAGGCGUUGUCAGAGACACCGACGGCUCAGAGUUUGACAUGAUGUCCCGAAGAGUCAUCGCCGCCAGCUCCGCCGCCGUAGCCAGUCGCAUCGCUCAGGUGAUCCGGCCGUUCCCCUGUAGCCGUGACGAUGAUGACCAACACAGGUGUGUGUGUGGGGCGACCGGUGUGAACAGACUGUAGGUCAGCUGACAGGAAGUGUGCUGCUGCAGUGAUUAGUGACACUUCUGUGAUCAAUGAACCAAUAAAAAUCUGCGUGCAAA